GUGCAGUCUAACCCGCCCUCCGAGCCCAGGGAGGCGCUGCUGCUGCUGCCACCGCCGCCACACCGCCGCUGCCUCAGUCAUGCCGAAGCACGAGUUCUCCGUGGACAUGACCUGUGGAGGCUGUGCUGAAGCUGUCUCUCGGGUCCUCAAUAAGCUUGGAGGAGUUAAGUAUGACAUUGACCUGCCCAACAAGAAGGUCUGCAUUGAAUCUGAGCACAGCGUGGACACUCUGCUUGCAACCCUGAAGAAAACAGGAAAGACUGUUUCCUACCUUGGCCUCGAGUAGCAGGGGCCUGGUCCCCACAGCCCACAGGAUGGACCAAAGUGGGCAGCUGAGUUGGAGAAUGGCAAUGAAGACCAUAUGGCCCACAUAGCCUGGAAUGUUUACUAUUUUGCCCUUUUCAGAAGAAAAUUGUCUAUCCAUUGUUGCAGGAAGUCAUGGACCCCGAACGGAGAGACCAGCUGAAGCUGCAGCAGAACAUAAAUUGUGAAGAUUUAAUGGACAUUUAUCAGUUCCCAAAUUAAUACUUUUAUAAUUUCUUAUGCCUGUCUUUACUGCAGGCUCUGAACAUAAAUUGUGAAGAUUUCAUGGACAUUUAUCACUUCCCCAAUCAAUACUCUUAUAAUUUCUUAUGCCUGUCUUUAAUCUCUUAAUCCCAUCAUCUCUGUAAGCUGAGGAUGUAUGUCAGCUCCGGACCCUGUGAUGAUUGCGUUAACUGUAUAAAUUGUUUGUAAAAUGUGUUUGAACAAUAUGAAAUCAGUGCACCCUGAAAAAGAACAGAAUAACAGCGAUUUUCAGGGAACAAGGGAGAUAACCAUAAGGUUUGACUGCCUGCGGGGUCGGGCAGAAUAGAGCCAUAUUUUUCUUCUUGCAGAAAGCCUAUAGAUGGAUGUGCAAGUAGGAGAAAUAUCGCUGAAUUCCUUUCCCAGCAAGGAAUGUUAAUAAUUGAUAGCCCUGGGGAGGGAAUGCAUUCCUGGGGGUAGGUCUAUGAACGGCCGCUCUGGGAAUGUCUAUCUUAUGUGGUUGAGAUAAGGACUGAAUUAUGCCCUGGUCUCCUGCAGUGCCCUCAGGCUUGCUAGGAUUGGGAAAUUCCAGCCUGGUGAAUUCUAGUCAGACUAGUUGUCUACUCUCGAACCCUGUUUCCUGUUAAGAUGUUUAUCAAGACAGUGCGUGCACAGUGGAACAUGGACUCUCAUCAGUAAUUAAUUCUAAUUUUGCCCUUGCCUUGUGAUCUUUUAUUGCCCUUUGAAGCAUGUGAUCCUUGUGACCUACUCCCUGUUCGUACAUCCCCUCCCUUUCUAAAAUCCCUAAUAAAAACUUGCUGGUUUUGCAGCUCAGGGUCGCCAUCACAGUCCUACCAAUAUGUGAUGACACCCCCCCGGAGGCCCAGCUGUAAAAUUUC